UAAUUUCUUUCAAAAAGCAGCUCUUACACUGUUAUUUUAUCGUCAUUCUUACAAUAGAACAGGAUACACAGUUAAAAUAAAAACCUGAACCCUGGCGUAGAGUCCUACACUUAGGGGAACAUGGGACUCCUGUCAGAUCCAAAGAAAAGGCAGAAAAUACUAGAUGUGAUAUCUAAGUAUAAUAACCAUCUAUCUGUUCUGUGUUACAUUGCUGGGGUCACAUGGUUUCUGGCGUUGGCAUACCAACCACUCAACGCUCGUACAUACUUUUCUGAAAAUGCUUUAUUGCCAGGUCUAGUAGAAAAUGAGUUUUACCCUGAGUUGGAUAUGGAAGCCCUGGUACAAGAGUACAACGAACAGCUUCAAAAGGAAAAAAAAAAUGUACCUAGAAAAUGGGUUGCUGACCAGUUCACAGCUUUGGGAUUAGAUACAUAUAUACAGAAUUAUACUAUACUGUAUCCAUUACAGUUAACAAGGGGACAGAGUGUACCAGGCCAGAAUGUCUAUGGAAUAUUGAGAGCUAGGCGAGCCAGUAGUACAGAGUCUAUUGUCCUCUCUAUGCCCCUUCGUCAAAAAGAGUCAGAUAUGCCCUCAACCACUGGUAGUAUGGUUUUAAUGCUUGCCCUGGCAAAAUACUUCAGACAAAAACCAUAUUGGGCCAAGGAUAUAAUAUUCCUUGCCACUGAUCAUGAACAAUUUGGGAUGCAGGCAUGGCUUAAUGGUUACCAUGACAUCACAUCUGAUUACAUAUCCCCAGGAGACUUGAUGGGUAGAAGUGGUUCUAUACAGGCAGCUUUGAAUCUAGAGAUACCAGAUUCUAAUCUGAAGCAUCUUGACAUCAAGAUACAGGGAUUAAAUGGACAACUACCUAACCUAGAUCUGGUCAACCUUGUGGUCAGAUUAUGUCAGAGGGAAAGAGUGGAAGUGUCAAUACAUAAGCAGAAAGAUUAUUAUGAUGCUGAAUCUGUUGAUGGUUACAAACACUCACUGAAAACCAUGAUGAAAAUGAUGUGGUCCCAUGCUUCUGGUAUCCCUACAGGAAAUCAUGGACUCUUCCAUAGAUAUCACAUUGAGGCUGUUACUAUUGAAGGGAUCACAAAGAGAAAAGGACAUCACAUUUCUUUGGCAAAAACUGGAAGAGUUAUAGAGGGUAUAUUUAGGAGUCUUAACAACUUACUGGAGAGGUUCCACCAAUCUUUCUUCUUCUACAUCUUACCAGCCACCGAGAGAUACAUCUCUAUAGGACUGUAUAUGCCUCCAUUUGGUCUGAUAUGUGCUGCUGGUCUCAUCAAAGCUGUUGCUUUAUGGAUAGCUAUAAGUACACGUAACUCUGAAAAUGAUACCAGUGACUCAGAAAGUAAAACCAGUGAAUCCAAGGAAGAAAAGGACAGUGAAGCCAAAAAAGAAAAAGAAGAUGCUAAACAGACUGACACAGAUAAUGAAGAUGAAGAUACGCCUGAGGAAGCGUCUAGAGAAGGAGUAUCCACAGUAUUACCUUUAAUAUUAUUUAGUUUUCUAAUGGGUGUAUUUUGUUUUACUGGACCAGAGUUUGUUACCACAAUGUCUCCCUCGUUCAGGAUUGGUGUUGAAGAUACGGUCUUCUUUGGACUGCUGGCUUUGUUCUCUGCUUGUCUCUUAUUACCAAGGACUGUAGCAAAAAAAUCCCAGUCCACUGAUAAGAGAUUGAUAUUUGAUUGGGAGCUGUUGAAGAGUUUAGGCCUGAUAUUCCAGUCAUUAGUACUAUUUUCUAUAGCCUUGAUGAACAUAUCUCUAGCAUUCUUCUUAGCUGUAUUUAUAAUACCUGUUACAAUUAUUACACAUCCAUGUAAAAAUAGAAUAUUCUGUUGGCUACAAAAGAUUUUACUUUUACUCCUGUGUCCUGCAGUUCAAAUAUUUAUAGCAUCAAUGAUAUCAACAAUGGAAGGGAAGUACAAAGGAUCAUGGGAUUUAAUACAGAAGUCUUUUGAGAAUAUGAAACAUGGAUUAGUUUUGACAAUCUUAGACAGAUAUUUAUUUGGAUCAUGGAUGUAUGGUGUGUUUUGUUUUGCUGUAUUGCCAACAUGGCUGAUGUUCUGGACAAUAGUACAUUGUGAUCUAUAACAAAAUAGACAGGAUUACUGUGUAUA